AGCCCGGCGUCUCCCCCCCACCCCCUACCCCCCUCACCCCCCUACCCACCAGAGAAGCUCCAUGGAGAUGCUGGAGCAGAGUCUGGACAGCUCGGCGAGUCACGACAAACAGGAAUCGGAGGACGUGGUGCAGUUACAGGAAGGAGACGUGGUGGGGACGGAGGAGCACACCUCUGUGACCAUCACCGGCGUCCCUCAGGGCGCGUUCGGCGACCACAAUGUUCAGUACCAGUUCCGCACGGAGAACAGCGGCGGCCAGGUGACCUAUCGGGUGGUCCAGGUGACGGACGAUCAGUUGGAAGCUGCCGUUGACGGGUCCGGAGCCGUGAGCGUCGUCUCCGCCGCCGCGUUUGCCGGAGCCCCGCAGGCUGUGGCCCAGGCUGUGAUCCAGAACCCGUUCAGUAACGGGGGCAGCCCCGGCGGGGAGACGGUGGGGGGGGAGACGCGCUUCGCCUACUUCCCCGCCGGCACCGUCAGCGAUGGAACAGCCGUGUCGGUGCAGGCCACCGCCGACCCAUCCAUCACACAGGCAGGAGGUCAGUUUUACGUGAUGAUGAGCCCCCCCGAGGUGCUGCAGACAGCCCCUCGCACCAUCGCACCGCGCACACACACCUACACUGCAGACCUGGAUGACAGCGAGAUGUUGCAGCAUGGCAGCUCGAACUGGAAGGUUGAUGGUCCACGGGCGCCCAGAGACGACAGGAGAAGAGCACAGCACAACGAAGUGGAGAGAAGAAGAAGAGACAAGAUUAACAACUGGAUUGUUACGCUGUCGAAAAUCAUCCCCGACUGCAGCGUGGACAGCCGGAGUGGAGCGAGCAAAGGAAGCAUCCUGUACAAAGCGUGCGACUACAUCCGGGAGCUGCGUCAGAGCAACCAGCAGCUGCAGGAGAGCUGCAAGGAGGUGGAGCGGGUGAAGAUGGACAAUGAGCUGCUUCGACAACAGAUCGAGGAGCUGAAGAACGACAACGCACUUCUCCGGGCUCAGCUGCAGCAGCACGGCAUAGAGAUGAACGGAGACGCCACACCACAGUGAUCGUGAGCCGGACACUAUCCUCCUCUCCCCGCCUGAACAAUUCCAGGAGAGGAGCCACCAUGAAAAAAAAAAAAAAACAAGACAAUUUCCAUCAGACGUUGGAGCCGAUUUUCGAGACGCACUCUGAAGGACUGCACACGGAGCUGAGCGGCUUCACGCUCUGACAUCUGUCGACUGUGCAGCUCCAACCUGAACCUUCAUCCUCCGCUUCGAGGAACGCCACCUCUGCACAACACCACCUCCUCCUCCUCCACCUCCACCACACAUGCACCAAACUGUCUUUUUACUUUAAAUUAUAAAAACUGCCACAGAAAAUGUUACUUUAGCUGAUUUUCACCCUUUUAUUUUUUUAUUAAUCGUAACACAAACUACUUUUGAUUUUCCUGUUUUAGUUGAUGUUUGCUUCUAAAUGUGAAAUAGCUCCUGUUUACCUUUUUAAUUUAUCGUUCUGUAAGGAAAAUGUCUACAGAAAGGAAAAGUGUUCUGCAUUUACUCUUUCCCCAAUAAUUAACCUGCAAAUCCGAUGUUUAUCGUGUUCAUCACUCUCACUGGAACGUGUGUGUGUGUAUAUAUCUGAUCUGGGUGCAGUUCUCUGCCUCUGGACACUGACACUUCCGGCAGCAGGCAGAGCUCACAGACUUCAUAAAUGUAGCCUGAUGUCGGAAAAUUCAAAAACUAUAAGACUCUCCUGACAGGUGAAGGGUUCGAGGCUCCACUGUCACAGACCUGCUGGUUUCUAUUCCCACUCCAACGCCUUGAUAGGAGCCUGUUGGAGAAUCUCGUUGUUAACAUAGCUCAGGUAAUUGGGAUAGUGCACUGGCAAGCGGAUCCCAGACUCAAUGAAGUCUUCACGUAUGGAGAGUUUAGGUCUCUUGUUUCCCCCCCCACCCUGCCCGCUAGCUGCAAUGUACAGUAGAAAUGAGAAAACGAUGCUUUUCAACGUGUGAAUCCUUUUUAAUGGGCAUUAAAAUAAGGUUUGUUUGUGAAUCUGCUAAUAGGUCAUUGAAAUAAGAGGGUUCGGUCAUGUGACGUGUUCCGGACACUCACAAAGACGGCGUGUUGAGUUUUCUCUACGAUAUUCACAGAACUGACAGAACUGACAGGAGAGAGUAGCAGCGCCUCGGUCUGGAUUGUGUGUAGAUGGAAGUUUGGAUGUGAUUGUUGUUACUAACCAGCUUUUGUCCACACUGAGUCUCCACAGCAUGGGAAUAUAACCACUGGCAUGACUAACUCUGAUUUCACAAUAAAACACAAGCGUGAGCGUUGCUACAGA